GUGAUUCAUUUCGGCGGAGAGAGGGGAAAGCGCCGGGUACGUCCUUAUUCCGAGCGAAGGCACGAAACACCUCCACUCUUCAUAACGCAGAGGGGAAGCCGACUGACUUAGAAGACUUGCGUGUGAGCUAGCUGACAGCUAGCUACACAGACUGUUCCAGGAACGUUGUCUUUCUUUUUCGCGGAGCCCUAGGUACUCUUCAAAAUACCCAUCUUGCCAGUUACCCCAGUACGAGGCAGACGGCUUUAAAGAUGGGUUCGGUCCCGGCGAUAUGUGUCCUCAUUUUGGGCAUGGCAAUUUCACCGCUGGCAGGCUAUAUUAUUGAGUCGUUGGCGGCCAACGCGGGCACGGGCUUCGCCGUGGCGGAGCCGCAGGUGGCCAUGUUCUGCGGCAAGCUGAACAUGCACGUCAACAUCCAGACGGGGCGCUGGGAGCCCGACCCCUCCGGCACAAAGAGCUGCCUAGAAACCAAGGAGGCCGUGCUCCAGUACUGUCAGGAGAUUUACCCCGAGCUGCAAAUCACUAAUGUGGUGGAGGCCAACCAACCAAUCAAAAUUGAGAACUGGUGCAAGAAGGAGAAGAAGCAGUGCAAGGGGCACGCCCACGUUGUGGUGCCUUACAAAUGCCUGGUGGGCGAGUUUGUCAGUGAUGUCCUGCUGGUGCCAGAAAAGUGCAAGUUCUUCCACAAGGAGGGCAUGGACAUGUGCGUCAGCCACCAGCAGUGGCACGGAGUGGCCAAGGAGGCCUGUGCCAAGAGCAGCAUGGUCUUGCACAGUUACGGCAUGCUGCUGCCCUGCGGAGUCGACAGGUUCCGCGGCACUGAGUACGUUUGCUGCCCACCGUCUCGCACCGAGGAGCCAGAGCCACGCCCCCAGGUCUCCCAAGAGGAGGACGAGGACGAGGAAGAGGACGAGGAGCAGGAGGUGACCGAGCUCGACCAGGACGUGGAUGAGGAUGAAGAUGAGGAGGAGGACGAAGAGGACGAGCUGGUUGAGGCGAGCGAGGCCCCUGUGGAGGAGCAGCCGACACCAAAGACUGAGACUGUAGAGGAGGAAGAGGAUGAGGAAGAUGAGGAGGAUGAAGAGGAGGAAGCAGACUACGAGGAGUACGAGGAUGAGGAGGAAGACAUGAUGGAGGAGGAGGAGAAGAAGAACAGGGACAGCACCCAGGACACCCCAGAUGCAGACAAAACUCUUCAGGAGGUCAAAGCGGUGUGCUCCCUGGCGGCCGAGACGGGCCCUUGCCGGGCCUCCAUGCCGCGCUGGCACUUCGACAUGAGUCAGAAGAGGUGCGUGCGCUUCGUGUACGGGGGCUGCGCCGGCAACCGCAACAAUUUCGACUCUGAGGAGUACUGCAUGGCCGUGUGCAAGCCUCUGAUUCCGCCCACCCCUCAGCCCACAGACGACGUGGACGUGUACUUCGAGACGCCGGCGGACGACAAGGAGCACAGCCGCUUCCAGAAGGCCAAGGAGCAGCUGGAGAUCAGGCACCGCAACCGCAUGGAGAGGGUGAGAAAGGAGUGGGAGGACGCUGAGAGACAGGCCAAGAACUUGCCCAAGGCAGAGAGACAGACGCUGAUCCAGCACUUCCAGAGCGUGGUGGAGUCCGUGGAGGAGGAAGCAGCCAGUGAGAAGCAGCAGCUGGUGGAGACCCACCUGGCGCGUGUGGAGGCCAUGCUGAACGACCGCCGCCGCCUGGCUCUGGAAAACUACCUGGCCGCCCUGCAGGCAGAUCCCCCCAGGCCGCACCGCAUCCUGCAGGCUCUUCGCAGGUACGUCCGCGCUGAGAACAAGGACCGCCAGCACACUAUCCGCCACUACCAGCACGUCCUGGCCGUCGACCCGGAGAAGGCCGCCCAGAUGCAGUCCCAGGUGAUGACCCAUCUGCAUGUGAUUGAGGAGAGGAUGAACCAGAGCCUGUCCCUCCUGUACAAAGUUCCCAACGUCGCCGAGGAGAUCCAGGAUGAGAUCGACGAGCUCCUCCAGGAGCAGAAGGCCGACAUGGACCAGUUCCUGUCCUCCAUCUCCGAGUCCCAGCCCGAUGUCACUGUGUCCUCCGAGGAGAGCGUGGAGAUGCCGGCCCCAGAGGGCAAGCCCUACCGCCCCUUCUACGUGUCCUCACUGGGGUCCCACCAGGAGCCUGAGGGCGCUCUGCCCGACACACUGCGAGCCGUCAAAAAAGGGUCUGGACUGGAUGGGCUUAUCGGUGCUGAGGAGAGAGUCAUCAAUAGCAAGGGCAAGAUCAGCAACAAGGCGGUGAUUGAUGAGUCUCUGGAUGUUAAAGAGGUGAUUUACAGUGCAGAGAGAGUCAGCGGUAUGCAUGAUGAUGAGGAUAUGGAGUCAUAUCGGCCCCUGGGGGAGGAGUUUAGCUUCGGGAGCAGCGCUCUGAUUGGCCUGCUGGUUAUCGCAGUGGCCAUAGCAACGGUGAUUGUGAUCAGCCUGGUGAUGCUGAGGAAGAGACAGUAUGGCACAAUCAGCCACGGCAUCGUGGAGGUUGACCCCAUGCUGAGCCCAGAGGAGCGUCACCUGAGCAAGAUGCAGAACCACGGGUACGAGAACCCCACCUACAAGUACCUGGAGCAGAUGCAGAUCUAGCCUGGGCAGGAAGGGGCAGAGCUUCAGAACCAGGAGGAGAGAGUGAGGAGGAAGGAGGAAAUACUACUGACAAAUAACAGAACCGCUCACGUCAAGAAAUCAUCUUCUUUACCUGAGAAACGCAAAUUCCGGCUCAUUAAAAAGCAGCCCUUGUAAUGCUACUACUACUGUUGUACUGUAGAACUGUUUCUUCUCCUUUUUUCCUCUUAAAAAGGCAAUGUAACUAUAAUGUCUAAAAAAAGAUCACGUGGAAUCAUGUGAUUUGACAGAUGUACAACAGUGAUUGUUUUCUGAUUAAAGCAAAUUUCUUUGGUUCUUCUAUUCGGAGGUUUGAUAAACAAAAGGCAAAAAAAUAUUGAUUUGGAAUGAUUACAUGUAAUUGAGUAACAGUCAUAAGACACUGCAGCUUUUCUGUAUCAUCUU